CCGGUUUGGAAGUUUGAACACAGAGAAGCAGUCGCAGCCGCGGCGGAAUAACGCGUUUUAACGGAUAUUUAAGAGGAAAUAAAGCAGGUAGAAACAGAACUAAGGUGGCGGGAGGCUCCACUGACUCGGGUCCGUCAGCUGGAGGCUUUGGGAACAUGGUGGAACAUACGCAGUAUGGCGGGUCCCGGCAGGCGGCCUCACCGUGCAGCUCCACACCGCUACAGACGGUCUCACCGUGCAGCUCCGCACCGCUACAGACGGCCUCAGCGUGCAGCACCGCACCGCAGAAACCAGACCGCUGGAAGACCGCCACGGGACACAUCAAGAGGCCGAUGAACGCCUUCAUGGUGUGGUCCAAGAUCGAGAGGAGGAAGAUCAUGGACCAGUCCCCGGACCUGCACAACGCGGAGAUCUCCAAGCGGCUCGGGAAGCGCUGGAAGCUGCUCAGAGACUCGGAGAAGAUCCCGUUCAUCCGGGAGGCGGAGCGGCUCCGGCUACAGCACAUGGCCCAACAUCCGGACUACAAGUACCGGCCCAGGAAGAAGGCCCGGACCGAGGGCUGUACCGGAGCCUCUUCCCCGGAGAAAACCUCCACCGUGAGACCCACCUCCGCCGUGAGACCCACCCCCGUCGUGAGACCCACCCCUGUCGUGAGACCCACCCCUGUCGUGAGACCCACCCCUGUCGUGAGACCCACUCCCGUCUCCACCGUGAGACCCACCUCCACCGUGAGACCCACCUCCACUGUGAGAACCACUUCCACAGAUAAGAAGUUCUCCCGGUUGAAGCCCAGCAGCACCAGGAGGCCGGGUCAGGUCCCGGUGCAGCAGGACCCCCGAUACCGCUACGUGCUGACCAGCAGCUUCACGGCCACUAAGCUCGUUAAACGGGAGUUCACCGACUCCGAGGAAGAGGAGGAAGAUGAGGAGGACGAAGAGGAGAUAAAGAGUGAAGAAGAGGAGGAGAGGCUCUUCUACAGCUUCAAGAAUAUCACCCGGCAGCAGAGCUCUGUCCCCCGGCAGCAGAGCUCCAGCAGCCCGGCCUCCUCCUCCAGCGCCGGGGAAGAGGAACUCCACCUCAGGAACCUGGACGACCUCCCUCUCAGUCUGCUGGCCGGCCUCCACGCCUCCUCCUCUUCCUCCUCCUCCUCCUCUGAUCCGUGGCCCCCGUCGGGAGGAUCGCCCCCCGUCGGGACCCUCAGUCUCUCUCUGGUGGAUCCGGACCAGGACUCUGAGGGCAGCCUCGGCUCUCACUUCGACUUCCCGGACUACUGCGACCCCGAACUCAUCAGCUACUUCCCCGACCUGGUGUUCUCCUACUGACACACACACACACACACACACACCAGGACUUGAUGAAUGAGUUUGAACCCAGAUCUGUGAAACCGAACAUACCUCGUCUUUUUUUAUGAAAUGAAGUAUUUUUGUACAGUGGACGGGAUCCAGACGUUCUCCAGACGCCCCCCCCCCUCUCUGAAUGUUGUUGUUAUUAUUUGUGUGGGGGGGUCAGAUGUAAAUGUUUGUAAGAUAGUUAGUGUGAGUGAGUUAGAUCCCGCUUAUUUUUUUAUAUUAACGGCACAUUUUUGUUUCUGCUCAUUAUUUUUGUGCAAUAUAAAAGAGAAAUAAAUAAAAACGUUUUUCUGUAUUUGAAUAAA